UACUGAAACAUUUUGUUGUUGAUUUUAUCGCUUAAGAUUUUCUGGCAUUAAAACAAUUUUUCAGAAAAAAAAAUUGUUUAGAUAUGUCAGCGGAAGAUAUUGGUGCAUGGUUAAUGUGCGCGCGCACAGCAGCAAUUAGUUGGGUACCGUUGUCACACAACAAGUUGGAUGGUUUGCCAACCGUUGUUCCUCCUUUGAAAAAAGUUGUUAUUAACGUGUCUGGUCGCCGCUAUGAAACUUACGAUUACACGCUCUUUAACCAUAAGCAGACCUUACUUGGAGGCAGCGAAAAGAAGUAUUUUUACGACGAAAAAAAUCAGGAAUAUUAUUUUGAUUGCGAUCCAGAUUUGUUUAGGUUUAUAUUAAAUUACUACCGCACAGGUAAGUUGCACUGUCCAAAAAAAGAAUGUGCAGAAUAUUUUGAAAAAGAGCUUGAGUUUUUUGGUAUUAAAAGUAGCAACAUAGCGGAAUGCUGUUGCAACUCGUAUUGGAGGAAGAAAAAUGAUAUGAAAUUAAUGCAAAAAAAUGUUCUCGAUAAAAACGUUGAUAUGAAAAUAAAAAAUUCUAACAAACAAAUAACUUUUAGAGAAAGAAUAUGGAAAUAUUUAGAAAACCCACAACUGACAUGGAUAGGAAAACUAUUUUAUUACAUUACUGGAGUAUUUAUUACAUUAAGCGUUUUUUCUACAGUAUUUGAAACAGUUGAGUGUGAAAAAGGUUUAAAUUGUGGGAAGAAAUAUAAAGACCUUUUUUUCGUGAUAGAGACGUGUUGUGUUGCCGUAUUCACCGCAGAGUAUUUUGCUCGGUUAUAUGGAGCUCCUAACAGGUUAUUACAUGCAAGAAGUGUAGCUAGUAUAAUCGACAUAGCAGCUGUUUUACCUUAUUUUAUUGGUAUAUUCAUAACGAAAACUGUUUUUGGCGGAGCAUUUAUAAGUCUCAGGGUUUUUAGAGUAUUUAGGAUUUUUAAAUUUUCAAGGCAUUCAAAAGGUUUACGAAUUUUAGGUUGCACUUUAUUGAGCUGUGCAUCAGAGUUAGGUUUCUUAUUGUUUUCUUUAUCUUUAGCAGUGGUUAUAUUUUCUACAAUAAUUUACUACAUUGAAAAAGAUGAACAUCACACUCAUUUCACAAGCAUUCCAGCAGGCUUUUGGUAUACUGUUGUAACUAUGACAACAUUAGGCUAUGGUGAUAUGGUACCAAAAACGGUAUUGGGAAAACUUGUUGGAAGCGUGUGUUCUCUUUGCGGUGUUCUUGUAAUUGCAUUACCGGUCCCAGUCAUUGUUAACAGUUUCAGUAAAAUUUAUAUGGGUAAUCAAAGAUCAGACAAUAGGAUUGCGGAUCUCAGAAUAAAAAAUGAACAUAUUGUCGAAAAAAAACCCAAUGAUAUUGAUACAUCAAUUGCAAACAUGGCAAGAGAAAGAAUGAACCACCUCUCAAAAGCGUAUUCAUCAUUAAUGGAUUUGCAUAUUUUUGGUAAAGAAACAAAACCAACAAAAAACAUUGAUAAAAUUUAUCACAAAUGUACGACAAGUGCCGAGCCUAACCAUCCAUCUAAAGCCUCAAGCAAUCUAUCUUUCAAAUACGAUGGUAGUUUUGAUGCUCGUUGUUUAAUCGAAGAAGGUUACCAAAAGAACGAACAAACAGAUCUAGGAAAACCAUUAAUUGUUGUUAACUUUAUUGAUGAUAAGAUAUGCGUUUAGUGUUGCGUCAAAGAUGGGGAAAUGGCAGUCACUUAAGUGGAAGUCAAAAUAUUAUUUUACUUACAGAACGCAGCUUAUUUUUUAAAAAACUAAGUGAUAUACAUUUACAAAUACUUAUAUGACUUUUUAAAAAACUAAGUGAUAUACAUUUACAAAUACUUAUACGACUUUAUGAAAAGCAUAUUUUCCAUAUUUAAAAGAUUUUUUUAUUGACAUGACGUCAGCGAAACAAUAAAGACUCAAACACUCAAAAUUCUGUACAAAAUACAAAAUAAAUUCAUGAAAACAUAGUGAGUGCGGCCAUACUAAAAUUUAAUGAAACAAAAUUUUAAUACUCUUUAGUGGAAUGAAUAGUUAAUAAUAUUAAAUUUCGAACAUGGAACAAAUAAAUAUUAUUGUUGAAAUUCAAAAAAGCAACAAGUUGUUAAUUUUUUAUAUAAACUAUUACUUACUUAACAAAUUCAAAGAUACUUAAUUGUAACCUCAGUUAACAACAGUUAUAAGCAGAUUUUUGUUAUACGUAUUAAUACAUUUUACUUAUACGUAUUAAUAUAUUCUAUUUAUACGUAUUAAUAUAUUUGAGCUCAUACUCUCAUUUGAGCUUAUACCAAUUGAAAACAUUUAAAAGGGUUUUCAAUUUUUAACACAUGGCCUCAGUUGCGUGAAAGGAGUUUAGGAAAAAAAAUACCAGCGGUAAAUAUAAUGACUCAAAUGUAUGCCAAAGAAAAACUAUUUUCAUUGUAAUGUUUUUAAGUGCGAAGAAUUGUAUAGUGACUAAUUGUCCUGUUCAUUGACAGCCAUUUCCCUACUUUUGUAAUAUUUUUGUUAAAGAAAACAUUUAAUAGAUUAAAAACCCUUUUUAAAAUAAUAGUAAAUUUCUUUAAUAA